CUAAGGAGCAAGCCAAAGAUAAACACGUAGCCAGACGAACAGGGGCGAGGAUAAUACAUAUUAUAGAGGGGCUACCGUGAAAAGAUCGAAAUGGAGUAGGAGCUAACAAUACAGAGAUUUUAGCAGGCAAGGAGACUUUUUCAAAUUAACAAAGAAGCAAGUCUUCCGCAGACAUCGAGUCGUAUCUGUAGCCGAAUCCAAAAUGGUGCGAGCAGCCUUGGUGACCGCCACCAGCCUGGCUCUGACCGGGGCCGUGGUGGCACACGCUUACCUCCUCAAAAACCAGUUCUACCCGACCGUGGUCUACCUCACCAAGAGCAGCCCCAGUAUGGCGGUGUUGUACAUCCAGGCCUUUGUGUUGGUGUUUCUGCUGGGAAAGUUCAUGAGGAAGGUCUUCUUCGGACAGCUAAGGGCUGCGGAAAUGGAGCAUCUCAUCGAGCGCUCCUGGUAUGCCGUGACCGAGACGUGCCUGGCCUUCACCGUCUUCAGGGACGACUUCUCCCCACGCUUCGUCGCCCUCUUCACCCUCCUGCUCUUCCUCAAGUGCUUCCACUGGCUGGCUGAGGACAGGGUGGACUUUAUGGAACGCAGUCCGAACAUAUCCUGGAUUUUUCACUUCCGAGUGUUAUCUCUCAUGGGACUGCUGGCUAUCCUGGACUUCCUGUUUGUUAACCACGCCUGCCACAGCAUCAUCACCAGAGGAGCCUCAGUUCAGCUCGUCUUUGGAUUUGAGUACGCCAUCCUGAUGACCAUGGUGCUGACCACCUUCAUUAAGUACCUCCUGCACACCGUGGACCUGCAGAGUGAGAACCCCUGGGACAACAAGGCCGUCUACAUGCUCUACACCGAGCUCUUCACAGGUUUCAUCAAAGUGCUGUUGUACAUCGCCUUCAUGACCAUCAUGAUCAAGGUCCACACCUUCCCUCUGUUUGCCAUCCGGCCCAUGUAUCUGGCUAUGAGGCAGUUCAAGAAAGCUGUAACAGAUGCUAUAAUGUCUCGGAGAGCCAUCCGCAACAUGAACACACUAUACCCUGAUGCCACUCCUGAAGACCUGCUGGCCUCUGACAACGUCUGCAUCAUCUGCCGAGAGGAAAUGGUCACGGGAGCCAAGAAACUGCCUUGUAAUCACAUUUUCCACUCCAGCUGUCUCCGCUCCUGGUUCCAGAGACAGCAGACCUGCCCGACCUGUCGUAUGGACGUUCUGCGUGCGACCACUAACAAUCAGACUCCAGCCCCCGCCCAGGCUCCGCCCCCUGCUCCUGCAGCCCCCGCCAACGCCCCCGCAGCCCCGCCCCCCAAUGUGGCCCCAGGCAUGUUACCUGGCUUCCCCCCCGGCGUCUUCCCCUUCUGGGGUCCCUUCCCUGCAGUGCACCCCCCUGCUGCAGCCGCCGCAGCCCCCGGGAACACCAACGCUCCUCAGAGCAGCACAGAGGCCGCACAGGCAGCCGGGAGCGCGGCCGGUUCGUCGACUGCAGACGCGGCGGCAGGUGCAGCUGCUCCAGGAUCAGCCAUCCCAGGCUUCCCCUUCUCCUUCCCCCCGCCCCCCUUCCCCUCUGCACCGUGGAUGCCCAUGCCUCCACCUCCCCCCUUCGUGUCUUCAAUGCCCCCCCCUCCCCCCUCCCUGUCCCAGCUGUCAGAGGAGGAGCUGAGGCAGCUGGAGGCAGACGGUCGUCAGGGUCUGGAGGCUCGGCUGCAGUGUCUGCAGAACAUCCACACGCUGCUGGACGCCGCCAUGCUCAACAUCCACCACUACCUCAGCACCGUGGCCACACUCAGUCCUCCCCGGGCUGAGGCCAGCACUGCAGAAGCCAGCGGGACAAACACCACCCCCCCCUCUGCUUCUGCUGAACCCCCCGCAGCCAGCACCAGCACAGACAGCCAGGAGAAGGACUCCAGCAGCUCUGAGCAGGCAGAAGCAGCUUCUUCUCAGGCGGCCGACUCUACAUCCAUCGCCUCAGACAUGGACACAAAAGAGGAGACGGAGGAUGGAGUGGCGGGGGGGGAUGGAGAGGAGGACGCAGAGCCCAACGCCUCAGAGCUGAGGCGCCGCCGCCUCCGUAAGCUGGAGACGUCGUCGCCGUCCUCCUCUCCGCCUCCGGACAACUGAUCCCCGCGCUCUGACUCGGACAUUUCGCCGUGGACCGACAGAAACUCUGAUCCUACGCUGCCGCCGCGGUCCUUUCUUCCCCGCGACCUCCCACAGGCUCAGGUUUUGGAACUGUGUCGACCCGGACUCAGGACGCGAUGAUCGGUGCCGCCUUUCUGGAGUGUUUCUGCGUCGGAAAAGCAAUAGCACCACCUUUUUAAGGAAACCUAGAAUGACCACUGCAAUAACACUGCAGGUGUUUGAGAGUUUAAUCAGGCGGGAGAGGAAUUUCAAACCUUUAUUUGGUCAAUGUGAGAGAGACGGUGUUCGGAUUUGUGUUUGGUAGUUUUACUGUCGGUGAGGUCCUCGCCUGCACUUUGAUUUGUCUUUUUCUUAAUUCCGAUUCAUCGACAUGUUACACCUGGAUCCAGAUCCAGUGAAUUCAAAUCAAAGGGGAAGUAGUUCAAACUGCUUUGGCUUCACUUUUCAUUUUUUUCAUUUUAACAUCAUCAUCAUCCAUCUUCUGUUGCCGCUGCGAUCGCUGUAACAUACUGAUUUAUUUGAAUGUGUACAUACUGUAUAAAGAGUUUUAAUAGGAUGAUCUGUACAUAAUGCAGAAUAAACUGUUUGACUGAAGAGGCGCGGCACGUAUGUGGGAGUGUGUGUGUUCACAGAGGGAUGCCGCAGAGGUGGAAUGUGUUGAAGUGAAGCUCGUAGACUGUGAGCACUUUUUGUGUCAGAGUUUAAAUGUUGCCUUUGAAAUAAAGAUUGGGCUUUAAAAUGUAA